CCAAAGAGUCACGAAAAUACACAUUGAGUAACAAAGCAUUGAUAUAAAUGUGUAUUUAUUUUUUUAAAACCAAACAUUAGCGACCCCCACCCCCGAAGAAAGCAGGGUCAAAGUUCACAGGAAGCUGGGGGGCUGCCAUUUUUCCCUGCUGCUGCUGCUGCUACUGCUAACGUUUAACGUUAGAUGCUAAAACGACGGGAGGGGCGGCUGGUUUUGGGUUCUGUAGCUAGCUGCUUUCGCUCGGUCGAAAUCCUCACACAAAAUCCGCCAAUUCUCCGGCCGUUGUCGCGAACAACCAUUGUAAUUGGAUGAAUUCGGCAUGGAGAAAGUAGCGGAGCCGUCUUGGACUUCUUCGUACACCUACCAGGUGAGCAAGCACAGUGCGGAGAUGCUACACAACCUCAACGUUCAGAGGAAAGAUGGAGGCAGGUUCUGUGAUGUGGUCUUACGCGUCGGCGAGGAGAGCUUCCCCGCUCACAAAGCGGUGCUAGCCGCCUGCAGCGAGUAUUUCGAGUCGGUGUUCGGCCGUCAGACGGAGGGCGACGGCGACGCCAAGGAGUUGGAGAUGCACACGAUCAGCCCGAAAGUUUUUAAAGACAUCCUGGACUUCGCCUACACCUCCAGGAUCGUGGUGCGGCUGGAGUGCUUCCCGGAGUUGAUGACAGCUGCCAAGUUUCUGCUGAUGCGGUCCGUCAUCGAGAUCUGUCAGGAGGUGAUCAAACAGUCCAACGUGCAGAUCCUCGUCCCGACCUCCCGGGGAGGAGACGCCAGCCUCUUCCAGGCCACGGGGGCCACGGAGCUGGGCUUCCCGGUGGCUCAGCAGGAUCUGGUGAACGGAACGGGGAUGCUGGUGAACGGUCAGGGCUUUGCUAACAAUACACAGAUGCAUGUGGACGGGAGCGAGGACACGGCCGCCGUCAUGCUGGAGGACGGCGGCGAGGCGUCGGUGCCGAUGCUGGAGCCCGUCGAAGGACUGUCCGUGUCCCCUUCCGCGGAAAUAACGGGGAACACGUUUCCUCACGACGCUGGCUCCCCGGGGUCGAAAAGGAACCGGGGGAGACCAAAGAAAGCCGGUGGAGUAGCGGAGCCGGUUCACUUUAAUCACAGCACCCAGAAGGACAACGGGCUGUUCCCCUGCGGGACCUGCGGGAAAGCUUUCACGGAGGCUUCUCGCUUGAAGAACCACGAAGCGCAGCACGGAGCCUCGCACGGAGCCUCCCACGGCGGCGUGAGCGCGGCCGGUGACAGCCUGUCGGCUCCGGGCGGCGGGUCUCUGCUGUCUGCGCCGGGGCUGCUGGAGAACGGCGUGCAGCUCCACGGGGGGCUGGAUAACGGCCGCAAACGGGAGAGGACCAGGCGGCACGUCGGCUGUGACAUUUGCGGGAAAGUUUUCCGCGACGUGUACCACCUGAACCGACACAAGCUGUCCCACUCCGGGGAGAAGCCGUACGCCUGCCAUGUGUGCGGGCUGCGGUUCAAGCGCAAGGACAGGAUGUCGUACCAUGUGCGGUCCCACGACGGAUCAGUCGGCAAACCUUAUGUGUGCCAAAGCUGUGGUAAAGGCUUUUCAAGACCAGACCACCUGAAUGGACAUAUCAAACAAGUACACACAACAGAGAGACCCCACAAGUGCCAGAUUUGUAAUGCCUCUUUUGCUACAAGAGAUCGCCUCCGGUCACACCUUGCAUGCCACGAGGACAAAAUCCCCUGCAAAGUCUGUGGCAAGUUCCUGCGAGCUGCCUACAUGACGGACCACCUCAAGAAACACAGUGAAGGAACUCAUAACUACUGUGGCAUUUGCAACAAAGGUUUCUCCACUGCGUCCUACCUUAAGGUGCAUAUAAAGACACACCAUGGCUCGCCACUGCCCCCCUCUGCCACAAUGCACACCUUCCCUGAGCCAAGGGGGGAGCUGCAGAUGCACAACGGCACCCCUUACCACAUGGGACGCCAGUGCUCAGUGGAAGACCUGUGCGCCAGUCGCCAGCUGCUUCUCACCUCGUCUGAGGCAGAGGGUCGCUUUCAUGGGCUCUCUGGACACCCAGUUCUUCCCCAGCCUGGCCAUUCAACCCUCUGCUUGCAGCCUGAGCUGCUCAUGGGGAAGCCAGGUGGGUCCCCAUAUUUCUGGGAGUGUCGCUCUGGUGGGGUGCCUGGCUUCCCCGUCCAUGGGCCUGUCGCAGACGGGCAGGAAAACGCUGGGAAAUGUCCACAUCUGGAAUCAGAGGAAUCGGAUCCUUCAUUCGGGGAGCUGUCCAACGGCGACGAGCUCAAGUCUCCACACAAACCCGACGGGCCGGAGCUCGAGAUGCCCUCUGUGGCCUGUAACGGAGCCUCUGCGGGGGCGCUGGUGUCUCCAGAGGGAUCUAAAGCCAAGACGGACCCUGAGAAGAAGUUUAACUGCGGGAUCUGUGGUCAAGCCUUCCGCACCAAGUCCUACCUCAACAAGCACCAGCACAGAGUUCACAAAGCCCAGAAGGCCCAGGGGUUGUCUGGGUCCGGCUUAAGUGAGAUGGCGCCCUCCCUGACCUCUCCCUUCUCCCCUCAGCAAAACAUGUCUCUGCUCGAGUCCUUCGGCUUUCAGAUAGUCCAGUCUGCUUUCGCUUCUUCACUGGUGGAUGCCGAGGCGGGUCAAAGUGGAAUCGACUUCGGAGGGAAGUGACAUUUUCGCUAGAGGCUUCAGGAGCUGCAGCGAAGCCUCUUGUUCUUAGGACAAAGCCGGGUUGCCCACAGAAGACGCUCUGUAUUUGGGAAUAACUUUGCCUCAAGACUACUUUUUUCUGUUUGUCACGUUGCUUAAUGUGUAUCCGAUAUUUUUGUCAAAGACUGCCAUAUAAUUCCUACUUUUUCUACUUUUUCAAAGUAUGAAAAGGGUGCGUUUGGUGUUUGAAUUUUUCUUUAUAAAGGAAUAACAUGAAGGUUUUAUUUCCUUUAACUGAUCCUGAUCUGUUGAAGUUUUGCGUUUCUUUCAGCGGUUUCUUUGACUUUCCUCAGCUGCACAAAUGUUUCUUGACGUGAGAUGAAUUAUGUGUCCUUAAAACGAGUAAUUGUCGUCUUCUCGCCCACUUUAACUGCUCUGCUGUACUCGGCGUAUCGACCCUUGGCCACUGCAGUGAUUUUUAACGCUUCAUAUUCCUCAUUCCUCUCAAGGCUGUAAACAGAUGUCAUUACCUCAGAGUAACAAAGAGGGCUAAAUUCUGUAUUUAUUUCAUUCUUUGCUUCUUCUUUCAAGGUGGAUUUUCUUUCCUUCGGGACAGGGAUUUAAAUUGGCCUCAAUUUUGAUAGUCUUCGAAUCUGUUUAUUACUGAAGAAGAAUCAUUCCUAACAGGCUCACGGCACGUUUUAUGACACGUUUUGUACGAGCGAUUUUCUUUGGCAUCACACAGAGUAGCACUGUUACCUGUCAAGGACCUUUAUUAAAUUACUGCUGGCAGGAUUAUAGCUAAGAAGCACUUUUUAAAUAGUUCAAAAGCCCUUAAUGUAUGUAUUUUUAAUUUGAUCACUUGUAAAAUGAAUUGUUCUUAAGAUUCUUAAGAGUAAACAAUUUGUCAUUAUGGUUUAUGUUAAGUACAGGGAUGCUUUUGAAAAAAAGAGGUUUUUUUUUUAACAAGUCUGGGUGAAUUUGGAUGCAAAAUCUGUUUGGAAAAGUGCCUCGAGCUUGUCAGGAAUGAGCUUCUCUUCCCCGCAACAAGGACAGUGUUGUUUGUAAGGUGUUAAAUCAGUUGUGUACAUGAAACAGGGACCAAGGUCAGGUAUAUUUUCAGUAUAUAUUUUGAGAAAUGUAGAUUAUAUUUUAUUAACUUAUUCAUGCCCUCGGUUGUGUGUACAGUUGUUUUUCUUUUUUUUAAAUUGUCCAACAAAAAUCUUGUGAUUUGCUCACUUUGCUUGUGUUUCACUCUAAAUUAUGUUCAGUGGAGAUGUGUGUUUUGUGUGUUGUGCGACAGAAGGUUAGACGUGGGACUCACACCCUGAUCCACCAGCCUCUGGGCCGACGAAACGUAGGACAGCUUUCACGCAAGGUUUCUUCAAAUCUCUGUCGUUUCUUUACCUUCAUCACCUGCAGUUCUUCCUCCUCCUCCUCUCAGAGUUGUUCGUGCCGUGUGUGGUUGGUCGCUAUGUGUUCAAUCCAAGACAUUCCCUCUCGUGUUAACACCAAAUUCAGCUCAACACUUCCCUUAAAUGUCAGCAACAGGAGCCUCACAGUCACUUACCUAAAAAUCUCCACUUCUUAUUGUGAAGGAGUCAGUUUCUGUUGAUUGGUUUCUUAUCUUAAAGUUCCUCUUAAAGCCAUUUGUUAAACUGGUGAACGAAAUCAAAAAGAAACGGGGGGUUCUGCCGCACUAAAUUCAUCUUAAUGUAAUUCUGUUUAGUGCUGCUUUUUACCUGCUUUAUUUGCCUAACCAAGAGUCCAAAACCCAAAGAUAUCCAGCAUACUAACACAUGUAAAAAAACCAAGCUGUAAACUAGCUAAAAUCCAACCACGUUUUGCAUUUUUUUUUCCUCAAUGAAAUCAAACUAAACGAUUAAAUCGAUUUUCAAAAUAGUUGCA